AUGGCUGGGGAACAGGUGAAAAGGAGGAAGACUUAUCGAAGGAAUGGUGACACUGGAGGCGGAGGUUCCAGGUCACGCAAAAGCCCUGAGGAUGGCGGUGCGACAUCGACAUCGAAAUCGGUCCCUGCCACUGCUCGCCCCGCCGACCUAGACCUAGACGCUCUUCGAAACGCACGCCUUGCAUAUCUAGCCACGUCCCCUGAAGAAAGGCGAAAGGAAAUGAAGUACGAAUAUGUGAAACGGACGAGAACGGUGUCGCUGGUGGGCGAAGAGAAAGAGAGGCGCCGCAAGACAAGAGACGACCACAUCGCAGAGCCGACGAACCCCAGACCGUCCCGAACGUCGACCACGCCCAGGCGUACAGAGCACAGGCGCCGACCAGUAUCACGGGAUGAUAGCGAGGACGAAUACGUCUAUCAGAGGCCAGAAAGAGAAUCGGCGCACCACAACGGACAGUCCCUGACGUCCAAGCACAAGAGCAAGACCACGGAAUCAGGACCGAGAAGAGUAGAGGCCGGACGACGAGUUCCUGAGCGCAGCCGCACCGAACCGGGACCCGCUCAGCGACAAGAGGCGCAUGAUGAGCAGGAAGAACGACCGAAGGCUCUAGAUGAGCCUGAAACCGCCCUUCGUCGUAGUACGGCAUCCGUCGACAAACCUCAGCGGCCCGCCAUCAAGAGGAGCGCAACGACCACAGCCACAAGAUCAAAGACUGAAGUGGGCAAUAUCAAGCCGUUGCAGCCAGCUGGCCCAUCUCGCAAAGCUCCCGGCUUUCUUGACAGACUCUUGCCGCCCAAGCCUGUGCCACAGAAAAAGGUUUCAUGUUUGACCUGUGGCGACGAUGACAUCCCCAUCGCCAAGUCUGCCAGGCUACCGUGCACUCACCGAAUGUGUCAUUCCUGCCUGACGCGCAUCUUCACAAUGUCCGUAGAGGAUCCAGCGCACAUGCCUCCAAGAUGCUGCACAGAUAAACACAUCGACCUCUACCACGUUGAGAAGCUGUUUAAUCAAAAGUUCAAGGUGCUGUGGAAUCGCAAGUUUGAAGAGUACAAGACGAAGAACCGCAUAUAUUGUCCUGCCCGCAACUGCGGCGCCUGGAUCAAACCACACUACAUCACCAGAGAACACGGUCGCAAAGUAGGCCGAUGCAAACGAUGCAAAACUCGGGUUUGUGCGACCUGUUGUCAGAAAAUGCAUACCAGCCGCGACUGCCCCAAGGACCCGGAGACGACGGCCUUUAUCGAAGUGGCGAAGAAGGAAGGUUGGCGGCGGUGCUACAAUUGUUCCGCCAUGGUUGAGCUUAAAGAAGGCUGCAACCAUAUGACGUGUCGUUGCACGGCCGAGUUCUGCAUGGUAUGCGGCCUGAAGUGGAAAUCAUGCGAUUGUCCGUGGUUCAACUACCAAGCUGUCGAUGUGCACUUGGGAGAUCCUGUCCGCUAUCAAGUGGAGAUGGACCGGAGAAGAGAGCAGGUCAAUCGAGAUGAGGCCCUCGCCCGCCGGCUGCAGCAAAUGGGUCUCGUGAACGCUGGCGACAAUCAGGAGGGCGCUUUCGGGCUCGGCAAUGCAGCCAACCACCAUCUGAACCAGAAUUUCAUCCAACAAGCGCGCGAGGCUUUGACGGCCAAUUAUGCGCAAGCAGGACAAGCCGCACGCGACCUGAUAAAUGGGCUGGUUACAGGCCGAGAGAACCGCUUGCCAGGCAUGCCUAUGGAGAUGGAGCAGAUGCUCGGGAUGCUCGGUGGCGGUGGCGGUGGAGUACAGGAUCCAGCAGAGGAAGGGCACCGACCAGAAGCUGGCCGUCGAACUGCCCGAAGAACUGCUGGAAGACGCAGAACCGCCGCCCCGGCCCCGGACCGGGCUGGCGAGCAUGAUGGCGCCGGAGAAGGCGACGACGCGGACCCGGAGAGAAGGCUGCGAGAGUGGGCCAACCGUGGCCCAGCAUGA